AUGUCGCUAUCAUCGAAAGUUCGGCGUAGCAGCGAUAAAGUGCAUCAAGCCAUGCACAUAUACAAACCCGGAAAACUAGCAAAGUCGUUGUUGAAUGAGGCGACCAGCAACGACUGCCUAGAAAAUCGCCUAUUUAUUGCCGACAAAACAACCAACAUACGCUAUCUCAUAGAUUCAGGUGCCGAAAUUUCUGUUUUUCCCCGAAGGCUGAUUCGCGAAACUUUAAAACCGAAAAGCCUACGUCUCUUCGCUGCCAACGGUUCCACCAUUUCGACUUUCGGAGAAAAACUGAUAUGUUUAAAUCACGGCCUCCGUCGGCCAUACAAAUGGAUUUUCCAAAUUGCUGAUGUCGCCCGUCCGAUACUGGGAGCCGAUUUUUUAAAACAACAUGGACUGUUAAUCGAUGUAUUAAACAAACGUCUCAUUGACACCACGACAAAACUCGGAACGUCUUGUGUUGUCAAAAGAACGACCCACAGUGGAAUUUUCACCGUUCACAACGACUCCCCGUAUUACCAACUACUGAACCAAUUUCCUAGUAUAACGAACCCGAGCUCAAUUAACAAAAAGCCUGCAAGUAACGUUCGACACUUUAUAAAAACCACCGGCCCUCCCGUAGCAGCUCGUGCUAGGCGUCUUACACCAGAUAAGUUGGAAAUAGCUCGGAAAGAAUUCGAAUAUAUGUUGGAGCAGGGCAUUUGCCGCCCAUCUUCGAGUCCUUGGGCUAGCCCGUUACAUUUGGCCCCCAAGAAAGACGGAUCCUGGCGACCCUGCCGGGACUACCGCGGGCUAAACGCUGUCACAGUUCCAGACAGAUAUCCGAUCCGUCACAUUCACGACGCAACUGCUGGUUUGGCAGGUAAGAAAGUUUUCUCAAAAAUCGACCUCAUACGUGCGUUCUAUCAAAUAUUAAUGGCUGAAGAAGAUAUCGAGAAGACUGCCGUCAUUACCCCUUUCGGCCUCUUUGAAUUUCUGGUCAUGACGUUCGGUCUGAGGAAUGCAGGCCAGACUUUCCAAAGACUAAUGGACAAAGCUCUUCGAGGCCUAGACUUUGCAGUCAGCUACAUAGAUGACAUUUUAAUUGCGUCCGACAAUUUUGAACAACAUCUCGAACACUUGCGAUUAGUUUUUGAGCGUUUGGAAAAAUUUGGCAUUGUCAUCAAUCUUUCGAAAUGUGUCUUUGGAGCCCAACAAAUCGAAUUUCUCGGUCACUUGAUCGACGCAAACGGAAUUCGCCCAAUACCGUCACGUGUUGAAGCCAUCUGUAACCUAAAACGACCAACAACAGUCAAGGAGUUACGACAAGCACUCGGAAUUUUCAAUUUCUAUAGACGUUUUUUGAAAAAUUCCGCAACUACGCAAGCACCACUCAACGAAUUUUUGAAGGGCAGCAAGAAGAACCACACACGAACAAUUGACUGGACAACGGAAACCAUCAAUGCGUGGGAAUCAUGCAAAACUGACCUCGCGAACGCCACUCUUUUAGUGCAUUUUAAACCAAACGCCCCGCUUUCAAUUACCACUGAUGCCUCUGAUCUAAGUUAUAUAUCGCAAUUUUCAACGCAUAUCAGCCACAUACCAGGAAAGAGCAACAUAGUCGCCGACUUACUAUCACGAGUUGACGCCAUUUCCAUACCAUCUUCGUUCACCGCAGACAAACUAUCGCAUGAACAGCAACAAGAUCAAGAACUUCAAGCCUUACUAAAUAGCAACACAACAUCAUUAAAACUACAAGCAAUACAGACUGCAGGACAACUUCCAGUUUAUUGUGACGUAACCGACAGUAAAGUCCGACCUUACAUCCCUACCCAACUUCGACGAAAAGUAUUCGACACUAUUCACCAGCUCGCUCAUCCAAGCGGACGUUCCACAUCGCGACAAAUUUGCAACAAAUUCGUCUGGCCGAAUAUGCGUAAAGACAUCCUGUUAUGGUGCCGAACAUGCAUACCGUGUCAACGUUCGAAGGUAAGCAGACACACGAAGAACGUUCCUCAGCAUAUCACCAUUCCCGAUGGUCGAUUCGAUCAGGUACACAUCGACAUAGUUGGCCCGUUCCCACUCUCGAAAGGUUUCAAAUAUUGUUUGACGAUGAUAGACCGAUUCUCUCGUUGGCCGGAGGCAAUACCGAUAAGCGACCAGACAGCGAAUACAGUCGCCGAAACUUUUUACAACAAUUGGAUAGCCAGAUUCGGAGUGCCACGAAUAAUUACAACGGAUCAAGGAUCCCAGUUUGAAUCGGCACUAUUCCAAUCACUCGCGAAACUAAUCGGUUGCGAACGAACAAGAACCUCGGCAUACCAUCCAGCUUCCAACGGCAUUCUUGAGAGAUGGCAUCGUUCCCUGAAAGCAGCAAUAAUGUGUUACGGAAACAAAAACUGGGUCGAUUCUUUACCAACCAUUCUACUUGGACUACGAUCGUGUUACAAGGAUGAUUUAAACGCAUCAUGUGCCGAGCUCAUGUAUGGAUCCACUGUACGACUGCCAGGUGAAUUUUUCGAUGAUCAAACUGUUGACGAUAAUCCAGCUCAAUUCGUGAAUCAACUACGAGAACAAAUGCGUAAUAUUCGUCCAACACAAUCAGCACAUCACAACAAACCUGUCGAAUUCAUACACCGAAACUUAAGUUCUGCCACACACGUAUUUCUACGAGAUGAUCGAGUUCGUACAUCAUUAUCGCCACCUUACUCAGGUCCGCAUCCUGUUAUCGAACGAAUCACCAAUCGUCUAUUUCGAAUUGAAGUUAAUGGAAAGAACUUCAACGUCUCAACAGAACGACUAAAGCCAGCCUUCUUCCUGAAUGACGAAAAUAAAACUCACCAGGAUCUUAAACGAACAUAUUUGUAUUCCAGACCGCCACCGAAACACACUUAUCCUCCAGCGAAAAGUCAUCGUGACGGCAAUGUCACUCGGGGGAGAGUGAUGUAG